CAUAAGACGCUGAUAGAGGCUUAGGAAGAUGCUGACGGAUCGACACGUUUGAGCUCCGGGUUAGAUCUAGCUGCUAAAGUGACUUCGUGGUGAGCACAACAUUUCAGUAGAAGAACGUGGAAAGUUUCAGAAACAACUAUUCCCGAAGGAUUCAAGAUGGAUGAGAAGCAAAGAGUGGACCAUUUACACCAGGACACCAGGAGAAUCACGUGUCUAACAAGCCUCAGUCUAGUACUGGAUAUUAAAGUUAAAAAAGAGGAGGAAGAUCCUGCUUUUGCCGAGAAACCUGACCACUGUUCUGACACUGAGGAGAGUCCCUCUACACUAGAAGAAUCUAAACAACAUCUGGAGAACCACACAGCUAAGGGCUCCCACCAGUGUUCAGUGUGUGGAAGUUCUUUCCAAAUUGUUUCUGCUCUACAAACGCACAUGAGAAGUCACACAGGAGAGAAGCAGUACCCCUGCACUCAGUGUGAUAUGCAAUUUCGUGUGAAAGGAGACCUGAUCCGACAUCAGAGACGACACACUGGAGAAAAACCUUACCCCUGUUCUGUGUGUGGGAAGAGUUUUGCCAGAGCACAAUCUUUACACAGUCACCUUCGGACACACACAGGAGAAAAACCUCACUCCUGUUCUUUGUGUGGGAGACAAUUUAGUGAGAAAAGAGAUCUGAAAAGACACCACAAAGUACACACUGGAGAAAAGCCAUUUGGUUGCUCUCUGUGUGGGAAGAAGUUCAGUGUAAAAAGGGCUCUUCGAGACCACCAGAAAGUGCACACAGGAGAGAAACCUUACGCCUGCUCUGAGUGUGACAAGAGGUUUGGUUUUACUUCAGCCUUAAAAAGACACCAGCUAUUACACAGAGAUGAGAAACCCUUUUCCUGCUCUGUGUGUGGUAAGGGCUUUAUCGUACAUUCACGUAUGAAGGAACACUACCGAACUCACUCAGAAGAGAAACCUCACUCCUGUUCUGUUUGUGGAAAGCGCUUCAGACGUCCAGAUCAGUUAAAGGAUCACUCUCUGCAACACAUUGGGAAACCUUACUCAUGCUCUGUGUGUGGUAAAGGCUUUGCCCUGUCUAAACAGCUAUUGAGGCAUGAGAAGACUCAUACAGGAGAAAAGCCUCAUCAGUGCCAUGUGUGUGGUAAGCAAUUUAGUAAUAAGAGAAGCCUGGACAGACACCUAAAAGGCCACUCUGGAGAGAAGCCAUUCACUUGCUCUAUGUGUGGGAAGAGCUUUACACAAGCGGAAACCUUGAGGAAACACCUUCGGAUACACACAGAAGAAAAGCCUUACUCCUGCUCUGUUUGUGGGAAGCAAUUCCGUGAAAAGGGAAACAUGAUCACACACCACAAAGGACACAGUGGGGAGAAGCCAUUCAUUUGCUGUAUGUGUGGGAAGAGUUUUACCCAAGGGAGAGAUUUGAGGAGACACUUUCGGGGACACAAUGGAGAGAAACCUCAUUUGUGCUCUGUGUGUGGGAAGCAAUUUGGUGAAAAGGCAGCCCUGAACAGGCACCUGAAACGGCACACUGGAGGGAAGUCAUUUAGUUCAUCUGUCUGUGGGAAGAGUGUCUCUUCAUCACAAACCACCAAUCUGAGAACACAAUCAGGGGAGAGUGAAGCUGCUGGACAGGGAUCACCUCAGCAGGUCUUUGUAACUGUAGAAGAGUCUCGUCUCGAUCUAGUACUGGAUAUUAAAUUGAAAGAAGAGGCGGAAGAUCCUGCUUUUGACAGAAGAGACGUGUGACAGAGAAGAGUCCCUCUCCUUCAGGGGUACCUAAAGAAAUGCAGGGGAGUCUAAAAACCUCAUCAAUAUCGUUUCCCACAACACACGCUGUGUUUGGGAAAUACUGGCACUGGUUAUUCGUUCUGGAAAGACGCAUGAGAACCCACACAGGAGAAAAACCGUACAGGUGCUGGGAAUCAUUUAAGUGAGAGGAAGACCACCC